GGGGCGGGCUCCGGCGGGGUGCGCGGCCGGAGCCCGGGCACCCGGAGCGAGCGGCCGGGAUGCGGUGCGGGAAGAUGGCGGCGGCGCCGCCGCCAGCCGGGGCGGCGGGCGACUGGGGCGGCGUGCGGCGGCGCUGCCAGCGGCUGCUCUACUGGGUGCCGGUGCUCUUCAUCUCCAGCAUCCUCUGCUGGUCCUACUACGCUUAUGUCACCCAGCUCUGCCUGCUGACAAUGGCAAAUAUUGGAGAAAAAGUUGUGUGCCUGGUUGCUUACCACAUAUUUUUCAUGCUGUUCGUCUGGUCAUAUUGGAAAACAAUCUUUACGCUACCAAUGAAUCCUUCAAAAGAAUUUCAUCUAUCAUACUCAGACAAGGAGUCCCUAGAGAGAGAGCCUAGAGGUGAAUCCCAGCAAGAAGUCUUAAGACGGGCAGCCAAGGAUCUUCCUAUCUAUACACGGACAAUGUCUGGAGCAAUCAGAUACUGUGACAGAUGCCAUCUUGUAAAACCAGAUCGUUGCCAUCACUGUUCUGUAUGCGACAAAUGCAUUUUGAAAAUGGAUCAUCAUUGCCCUUGGGUGAACAACUGUGUAGGAUUCUCCAAUUACAAAUUUUUUCUUCUUUUCUUGGCUUAUUCGCUACUGUAUUGCCUUUUCAUUGCUGCAACAGAUUUACAGUAUUUUAUCAAGUUUUGGACAAAUGGUCUUCCUGAUACUCAAGCCAAGUUCCACAUCAUGUUUUUAUUCUUUGCUGCAGCAAUGUUUUCUGUCAGUCUGUCCUCUCUCUUUGGCUAUCACUGUUGGCUUGUCAGCAAGAAUAAGUCUACAUUAGAGGUAUUCAGAGCUCCCAUAUUUCGUCACAGAACAGACAAGAAUGGCUUUAGCUUGGGCUUCAGCAAAAACCUAAGGCAGGUGUUUGGUGAUGAGAAGAAAUACUGGUUGCUACCUGUGUUUUCAAGUCUAGGGGAUGGCUGCUCCUUCCCAACUUGCCUUGUUAAUCAGGAUCCUGAGCAAGCUUCCACACCUGUUGGUCUUAAUUCAACAUCCAAAAAUGAGAACCACCUGUUCCCUGCAAAGCCAUUGCGUGAUUCCCAGAGCCACCUGCUUACAGAUACACCGUCUUGGUCAGAAACUGGUGUGAAGGCUGAAAAGGGCAAAGUUGGUAUGAGCAAUCCUGCAUUAACCAUGGAAAAUGAAACCUAAUUUCCCUUAAAAGAAAUAUGUGAAUAUGUAAGGAAAGUUCAAGAAAAAGCUGUCGCUGGAGGAAGACAGAUUCUUCCAAAUAUCAGCCCUGUUGGCCAGCUGCUCCUGUCUGCUCCUGUGUGGAUGUGCUCAGAAAACAAACUGACAGAUGAUUAGCUGUCUCCAUGUCACUGCUUGAAACAUGAAACUAAACAUACUAUUUCUGAACCAUAUAAAAUGUUUCAACUUAAAGUUACUGACUUUGAAUGGUGAAGGGUGACUGAGUAUUAGGAAAUGAAAACAAAGAAACGGAGUCUGAGUUUACAGUUGUAAAAAUUCAAUGGCUGGUUUUACUUCAGCAUUCGGCACAAGAUGUGACCUUCUUAUGUAUCAGUCCAUGUUCUUGCCUUGGUUUUGAAAAUUCACCUGAUAAUUCAAAUUGCUGUAAGUAGUUUACUUUAAAAUCAAAUUUUUGCACUACUGGCUUUAUGAACUGGGAGAACGCCAGUGUUGAUCAGAAAUAAUUUAGUGGUUUAGUGGACUGUAUUUUCUUUGGAGUGCUUGAUAGGUGACUUUCGAAGAUAAGAACACCCAAGUGAAGUGUCUGACUAUUUUUGGAACAUUUUUGGAAAACAUUGCAAAAGCUCGAUUUUUCCCUCAGAAUCUGCACUAUCGAUAGUUUGAAAAGCUGUGGAGGGGAAAAAAUCUCCUUUGUUAAUUGAAUGCUACAGUGGGUCACUGGUAAGUGGAGCGAUAAAAAGCCUGCAUUCAGAUAGGGAAUAUAUAAAUGAAGCUGGCGAGCUGGGGAUCUUGAUGGGAUCUAUACAGGGAAGUGCUGAAAUGGGGAUUUUUUCGUCUCAUUUGGAGCCGUUAACACAUUCAGGAAAUUAAUGUUGGCACAUAACUUUGAUCCAAAAGGCUUUUUACCAACCUAUGUUCCUGAGGGCCACUGUCUUUCAAAAUCCUAGUUUCUUAUUAAUCAGUAGUUGUCUCAGAUUUCUUUUUCCACUUAUUAAGACACUGCCUUUCUUACUGCAUAACUUAAUGAAUAUCCUGUAAAAUCAAGCAGACUUACUGUUAUAACUUGUGAUAUUUGCAUUUACAGGAUAACAGAUGUUUGAUUGCAAUACCAAAAAGCCAAGCUGCUGCACAUAGGAAACCCCCUCCAGUUAAGUUAGGAAGUAGCAGCUUUCUUAGGAUCAGAGUUUAAUGGCCAGAUAAUAAAUAGCAUUACCAACCUUAAAAGUCAAGGAAUUUUCAGCAACCCAAAUCUAAUUGUCUUGUGCCUUUUGUAUACACUACAUUUAUGGUAUCGGUGUUUACAUUUAAAUGCAAAUUGUUAUUCUGGAAACAACUUUAGGAGGAACUUUGUUAUGCUUUCUAGGUGGCUAGAUAGAGACUAGUUAAAAAAAAAAUAGUGAAAACCUCUCAGACUAAGCUUAGUUCAGUUGGAGCAGAAAAGUACUUCUGCUAUCAACUGAGUUACUUAGCAGGUUGGCUUGCAGUGUAAAGAUGCCAAUUGUUUGUUAAGAAAACUGGCAGCAGGACUAAGUGACCAAUUUCAGAAAGCAAAAGUCUCACCAUUAACUCUUCUACAGGCAGAUAACUUUAAAAUUUGUCUUUCCUGGGUUUACAACUUAAGUGAUAGCUGUUGGAGCACAAAUGUGGCUUUUUUUCCUAGUGAGGGAAAAUGUAUUUAUUUUACUUUUUUAAAAAAAAAAAAACAACUCAAAAUUUUACCAGCCUGAAAACAUGUGUUUCUUGCCAGAAGUGCCAGAGUGUGGAUCCCUUUACAUAGAACACCUUUUUUAAACUAGCAUGAAGGUAGCAUACAGUUUACAUGAUGCCUGCAGACAUCUAGCAACCAAAAGUUUUUCGCAGCUAUUUAUUCAGUAUUGUUCUGUCAGCUACACCUGGUAUUAGUGUUUGUUUAAAGGCUAACUUGUCAAGGGAUAAUCAGGGGAGAGGGAAAAUAUAUUUUUUAACACUUCAGGUUCUCUAUCAUCUGUAGAGUCUUGUUUUUUAAGCAGUUAGUCACAGUGUGGUUUGUCAUGGAGCAUGCAUGUGAAAAUACUGAGUAAAAGGUUGAAAUUCAGCUUCAGUGUUACUUGCUCCAUGUUUUUAUGUAAAGAAAAAGUACAGGUUUCUUCCCCAGCAAAACUUGUAAUGGAAAUGGAUCCCUCCAGUACAGAUGUCAGGCUCCCUGGCUGUGUCCAGGGCUCUGAGAGCUCUGGGUAAGGCUAGGGAUCAACGUAGGGAAAGGGCAGGGAUAAAGGAUCAAGAAAUGCCUGGCUUCUCCAUGUCUCAGAAGUCACACUUGGAAAGCACAAUAGCCCUAAAUAAUCUGCAGCUUCGAUGCAGCCAGAGGCUGUCCCUCUAGGAGAAGACGGAGGCAUGGGAAACACACUGACGAAGGGAGAAGGGGAAAGAGGAAUGACAGUAGCUCUGAAGUAAAUGUUAGCAGAUCUGAGCCGGAGGGCUGUAACUGCAGCGGCGCUCUGGGUGGUCACGAGCCAUGCCUCUGUGCAGAGCACUGUCGACAGGCUUUUGAGGGUUCCUUGCAGUUCUGACUGUGUAGAACAUGGACAAAAGUGAGCUAAUCGUGCUCCAAAGUAUAAUUUCUGAUAUUACUAUGUUCUUGGCUUUAAGCUCUCUAAUACUUUAUAUAGCAAAGUGAAAAUGGGUCUUUUUGACAUAUUGUCAUUGAGCAUUGACGCUUGUUACAAUGCACGCAGGAGAAUUUGCAAAGAGGUAAGGGGAGGAAGGAUGCAGUGUUUGUCUGCUUACACUGAUUCCCCUGUUCUUUAUAUAUAUAUUCUUGCUAGGCACUUUACUACAGCCUUUUGUGUAAUUUCUGUAUUUUUUUUAAAGACUGCUUUUUACCUAUUGUACAGUUACUAAUCUACUUUUUUGCUAAAAACAAAAUAAUAGCCCUGAUAUUGUCCAGCAGUAUGACUGCAUUUCAAGCUUCAGUGGAAGCUGGAUAAAUUCUACAGACCUCUCAGACGGGCCCAAGUCCCUAAUGACAACACAAUUGAAUUUAUUUUGUAUAUAUGUAAACAGCCAUAUGAAUCGUAGCCCCUCACACGCCUAAGAAGCUUCCUUAAUAUGUAGGUUAGAACAAGUCCCAUACAUGUCUGCACCAGAAGUGGUGGUUCUAAGUCAGUUGAUGUACUGGUGGUAGAGUCUGCACAGAGAACUAUUUUUAUUAAGAAAAUGGAACGCCUAGAUGUUGGCAAGCUCCUCCCGCUGAGCAAAUAGACACAGCUGCUACUAUGCACUUUAAUUCUUGAGAGAAAAACACUGUCCACUUCAAGCUGCAGAUGGAAAGGUCUUUAGUAACCUGUAGCUGCGGCAGGUAAUUAAUGAAACACUGCUAAUUAUUUUUAACUAUGUACUUAAAAUCAGGGCCUUCAAGCAAGAGUUCAGGAAGGUUGCAAGGAAGCAAGUUUAUUUUAGUGCGUGGUAUGCUGUAGCUGUUACACAGUAUUUGGACUGAGAGUUCUUGCCCAGAUUCAGUUGACUGGUGUUCUGGAAUGGGGGAGGAAUAUAUUUCUACAUAAAUUUAGUGUAUAACUUUGCCACUUGUUAAUGUAUUGCUCACAUAAAUAAAUGCUUCAUGUUCAGCA